AUGCGCCUCAGUCAGUUACCCGUGAUUCUCUCGCUCUUGGUAUCUUCUGCCCUGACCUUUACUGCAGUACAUGGAUACCCAGCUGCCGGGUCAGUCAUGUCUGUUGCAUCGAUCACCAUCAUGGCGAUGCCCAUUUCUGUCCGGGCGGGUGAUAGAGUCACCUUCACUGGGCGGACCAAGGGGAUGCCAAUUGGCAGCAAACUCGUUCUCCAGCACAAGAAAGGCAGCAAGUGGACCACCCUUCAGGCAAGUACAACCGUCAAGCAGGGCAGCAGCUACUCGCUUGACGCCAAACUCAACGACAAGGGCAAGCAAGAGCUGAGGAUCACGCAUGAUGAAGUGACAUCUCCAACAGUCGCAGUUACUGUCCAGUGA